AUGGAUCUGAACCUAGGCGGAAGCAAGAAAAAACAACACCAUGUUCGGAAGAAGUACAGCAUCAUUACGUUGGAUUUAUUUAAGCCUACCAAAAAGUCAUACCCAGAAUUUGACUACGAAAAAAUUUGCAAAGAGUAUCUGAAAGAAGAUGAAUCAAGCGGUGAGGAUGAACGUUUCCAUGAUCGUGAAGCAGAAGAAAUAGUGAGAAGGUUGGAACAAAAAUAUGGUGGCAAGAGAGACAAGCAUGGCCACAAAAUUCGUUUUGGUUGUGCUGAUGAUUACAUGGACAAGACGGCCGGUUACGAUCUCACGGAUCCAUUUAUUGAUGACACGGAAGCUUAUGAUGAACACGUUCCUUCUGCUUUGGAUACAGCACGCGGAGGUUUUUAUGUUAAUAAAGGAAAAUUGGAAUUUAAGUCGAAGUAUGCUGAAGGCGACGAAGACAGUGAUGUUGAAGAUACAGUUAUCAAGAAGAAAACGGUAGAAAAGAAACGUAAAAUCUCUACCGAUGAGGAAGUAAGCGAUAGCAAGCGUACAUGCAUUUUUCCACCUGCAAAGCCAUCUGCCGAUAACAGUUCAUCAUUAACGGAACCUGUAAGACGAUCAAAUCCUCAGUCACCAGUCAGAUUGUCUUCAGCUGGUGCUGCUCCUACGACAAAACCAAGGGACGCACCUCGCAGUCGUCUGCUUGCACAACAGUACAUUAAAAAGCGACGUCUUUUAGGGCAACCACCAAUGGCAAAAAUUCAGUCACCAGCUGUAAAAGCUGCUAUGGGUGUGAAAAAGAAGCUGAAACCACAGGCGAAAAGAACAACUGUUACAAUGACCGGUGAGGAUUUAGCUGGGUUUUUGAAAGACAUGACAGGUGGUGAACUGGAAGCCGUGGAAGGAAUGGAAGGCAUAAUUUCGGAGACGAAAGAACACAAACAAAUGCCAAUAAUGUCGGAUAGACUGCGAGCUAUGAUCGAUACAUACAAACAGAAAACCAAGGAAUUUGGUGCACCCAAUAAAAAAAUCCGUCUUCCACCGAGUUUGGUUGAUCUUUGCAUAAGAAUCGAAGAGCAGUGCACGUUGGAACAUUUUAAUCAUCAACAGAAGACGCGGAUUUUUGAUUUAUUGGCCAACUGGGUCUGUGUGCAGCGAAAUUCGUUAUAUAUCCGUAUGAAAGCUCAUCGGGAUCGUCAUGAACCCAGCGCUGCUUCGGAUUCGGACAUUAAUGCAGAUGAACCAAUGAGUGAAACGAAAGAAGCACCGCGCUCUAUGAACGAUGAAAAAGUGCUUGGUUCAAAUGAUUCGUCUUCUUCCAUCAUUACAAUUUCUUCAUCACCUGCUAUUCCCGAUUCAUCACCGAAAUCUCCCGAGGCAUUGACGCUGGAAAAGAAAGAACAGCUUAUUGGAGUCAAGAAUACGACAAGCAGUGAUGCUGCAAGAUCAUCAGGUACCAAACAUACUCCAGCAACGAAAGAAGGCACUGAAAAGAUAGGAACCGCAUCAGAUACUACCCUUCCAUCCAUAUCUGUAACCAAAUAUUUGGAUUCUUCAGCCUGUUCAAAAACAGCUUUCAAUCCAUCGAAAGCUCCACCUACGACGACUGUAACUGGUACAUUAAAUAACACUCAGUUGUUAUCUAUGUUUGCAACAAUGAUGCAACAAACUCGUGGUGAUUCCAUCCUUCAGCAGCAACGCUUCGUUGACAGUUUAACAGCACAAAUGAAUGCUCAUCUUCUAAGUAGUAAACAGCAGUCGGAACUUUUGUCGCAGUUCCAAUUGACCCUCAAUAAUCUUUCAAAGAUGACUACCAUAACACCAACUAGCUCUGUGAAAAGUCCUGCAUCAUCAAAGCCUACUGUUUCCAAAAGCGACCCGCAACCAUCAAAAUCUCAACCAAAACCAAAUCGAGCACUUGCUAAUGGCAGUUCUAAUUCAAGUCCAAUAAAGGGAUUCAAACAACCAAAGAAUGAAAAAGCUUCACGUGCUUUGAAAGAAAUCAACAAUGCGCUGGCACAAGUUGUUUCAGAGGUGGAAAAAGCUCUUAUUCAUACCGAGAACGAAUAUGUAAAGGAGAAAAUGAGGACUGAAAAAGAAGGUAAAAUUGCGCCACCGAAACGGUUUCUGUGGACUGACCCGCUGAGGGCAGCAUUAAAAAAACAAGUGACUUUGCUAUUUGCUAGUCUCGAGCAGCAUGGUGACCCCACUCAUAUUACUAAUACAACAGUUGUGCAAUAUUUAUACUACACUGUUAGGCCGCUUUUCAAGGAUUAUGUUAAAUUUAGAGAUUUGGUGUUGGAGAUAUUGCGAUUAUGCCCAGAAAGACGACAGCUAGUUCUUAUUCCUGAGAUGAAAGCGUUUAUUGAACUAAGUGAUGCUUCUAAAGCACAGUCCGGAGUGUCUCAAGUAACAUCGAAAACACUGAAAACUUCAAGAACCGAUUCAUCAUCUGCGAAAAUUUCCCCGAAUAAAAACAUAUCAAACGCUGAACUUCGACAAGCAUCAAUUACUAAUGCUGCAGAUUUCCGCUCAUCGAAUACUGUCGAUAGAAAAGAAAACUGCUCUGUAAAGUGCAGCAAUGGAAUGGAGGUUGAAAUUUUGGCUGGCUCAAGUCGUUCGUCCGUACUUCUUACGCCUAAAUUAACUUCUGGACAAAAAGUCAUAUUAGUUCGAGAGAGCAAGGAACGAGAGAAAUUGUUGGGUGAAAAAGCAGUAGCUGAGAAAACACUCAAAGGUUGUGAGGAGAUUGAGCAAAAAUUACAGGAGCAGAAAGAACGUGAAGAAGCCGAACGACUGGAAGCAAGUAGAGAUGAAGAUGAAGAGCUGGGUGCUGUGGAGUCAGUGAUAUUUGCUAUGAGACCAAAAGAUUCGGACUUGCAAGAAAUUGAGGAAGUGGAAUUAGGCGCUGAUACUGAAGUUGAUAUGAAUACCGAAGAAGACGUGAAUGUAGAUCAGAGGAAUGGAAGUCAGAUGUGCAACUCAGAGAGUGAGCAGGCAUGUAGUAGUACCGAAACUGAACAGCAUGUGAAAAUGAAAUCAUGCAGUAAUGGUCUGUCGGAGCAAAGCUCACCUCAAGAUCCCGUCACAAAAAUGAGUGUGCAACCGGUACAUCCAUAUUCAAUGCCGCGAAUCACUCGUUCACAAAGCAGCCGGCAAACAAACGUUGUGCAUUUCACAUCAUCAUACAAACAACCGUCGCCGGUAACAGUGACUGCUUCCCAGAAGUUUCACACAGGUGUAUCUGUCUGUGCUACCACUGCUAAUUCAUCGAGCAGAUUUUCGGAAGCGUACAAACAUUCAAAUUCUUCGCAACAGCACUCUACAACCCUCCAACAAGCCAUGCAGGAAAUUACAUCUAUAGCAAGCCCAGAUUCUCAGGCCAGCAAUUAUCAAUCAUCCUGUGUACAGGAGCAACCUUCUUGGGGUGUCAAGCAACUUUCUGUUUCUUCUCCUCCGCUACCUAAUCAGCCGCUAACGUUGCAUUCCACUUCAUCAUCGCAUUCUACUGCUUUGACUCACGCAAGUGGCACUUUUACUACGUCACAGAUGACUCAGCAACAACCUGCUUUUUUCCCUUAUUCGGCUCAACAGCGUCAUAUCUCUUCCAAGAAUCUCCAAUCCCAACAUACGCCAACGAUUCGUCAUGCUUCUCAAGUUUCUCAACAACAAGAAAAUCAACAUCAACAUGGUCCCAUACAACAUCCGUACAGUUAUCCAUCUUCUACUUACUGCACUACCACGAACAUCCAAAAGGCUUCCCUUCCGACUUGCAGUAUUCCUCACAAUGCUUCACGAGCUUACAACAGUGUGCUUUCAUCUCAAAAGGUUAUAUACCCGCAACAUUCUGUAUCUUCAGCGGGUUGUUCCUCAGCUUUUUCACCCUUAUCACAACCGCCUACUCGGCAACAGCAACUCAUGACCCAUGAAUCAUCAGACAGUUAUCAACAGCAGCAGUUUUUGUUGCAACAGCAGCAAAAACAACGGCAAAAACAGCUGUAUGGUGAACAACAGCAGCAACAAGUGAAUGCUACACAGGAUCAUCAAAUGUACAGUAACUGGCGAUAA